AUGGCUGCUCAGCUACUGGACAAUAUCCCGACUAUGACAGUGGGGUCUGUGGCUGUCGUGAAGGCGUUUGAUCACUGGUUCGCGCGGCAGCUUAGGGAAGAUUGGAGAUUGCAUUAUCAGACUUUGAGUGCGGAGCGUGAACGGGAGUUUCGGGCUUUUGCUCGGGAGGAUGGUAUCGAGAAGUAUCUUGCUCGGCUUGAUUCUGAUGGUGAUGACGAGUUCAACUACGAAGAUGAUAAAGAGGGCGAGGAUGAGCACGAAGACAGCAACUUCGAGGGUGACUAUGAGGAGUCCGACCAGGAGGUUAGUCCAGGAAAGGGCGAAGCGUUUUUCUACCAUCUCAUGCGGAAAUGGUAG